GGGGCCAAGCGGUCCGUAAGAAGUGCACUUUUAUGAGGAUCCAUGUUCGUUGGUUCGGUGAAUCAAACAUGCGGACAUCGCAUUCUUAUUUAUUUUUAUUAUCUCAACUAUUUCUCAGUAAAACUUGCAUUGAAACAAAUAUUUUUCAAUAAACUCCGUCGCGAUGAGUCAAGAUAUCGGGAGCUCCAUUAUGUGUCGUGCGUGUAUGAAAGUGGAUGGUGUACUUCUACCUAUGUACGGUGCAAAUAAUACAAUAACAGAGAAAAAUUUUCCUGAUAAACUUGCCGAUCUUGCCUCUAUCCACAUAGACAAAUACGAUGGCUUACCGAGCGUUUUGUGCGCAAAAUGUGCCUAUAGAACCGAUGCUUUUCACGAAUUCAAACUGCAGGUCCGGGCAACUGAGAAAAAGUUGCGGAAGAUGUUCCAGUGUCCCGUUGAACCGGCUAUCGAACCAAAGUUGAAGCUCAGGGGUGAAAAUACUGAUGGCAAACACAAUGAUUUCCCAAACGAAUCGGCAGCAAAUUCAGCAUACCAGGGAAACAUGGAGAAUUUUAUGAAACAAAGCUCAGACGUAACAGAUGUAAAACCGCGAACAGAGGAUCGACCAAGCGGUAAGACAUUAACUCGUACGAUUAGCGUCAACACAAACGAUUGCUACAAAAAUUUGAGCAAAAGUGAUUUGAACAAUGCAGAGAUUUAUGUUGCUGCUACGGGCGAAGAAAAUGUUUCUAAUGCACGCAUAAUGAAAACCGAUAUCACAAACGAUAUAAAAAACAUUUUACAAGAUGAAAGUAUGGAAUACACUUUGCUAUAUGUAUCGGAGGCAAACGAAAUUCAUUUUGAUACGUCGAUUCCCGAUGUAUCAUUGAGCAAAGAAAUUCUACAGAGACGACAGGACGUAGCAUCAUUUGACAAUGAUGAAUGUAGUAAGGAGCAAAGUUUGAAAGAUUCUUUGGUGGAUCAUCCCGCGUAUACUUGGAUUUCCGAAGGAUUCCCGAUGGAUGCAUCGGAAAUGGUAACAGGAUCGUUGAAUGUCGUGGACAAGUCAAUUUAUAAUCCGAAGCCAAGAAUGAUGGAAAUAAAUGACAACGGAGAUUCAGAGUCGGAUUACCGCAUGGAUCCGGAUCCGGAAAAUUUGCUCGGCAGCCUUAACGAUACUAUAAUGCGUAUUAAAGAAAUAAAAACGGAAGGUAAAUGCACGCUUUAUCAGUGUACUCUGUGCAUGGAAAGUUACGAUGAAUUAACGGGUAUUCUGAGUCACACGAUCGAGACGCACGUGCCGAAAAAUGGUCCUUUUUUUUGUGUAGUCUGCGAAAAAGAUUGCUCCUCAAUACGAGAAUUACGAAAUCACGCGAAAAGCCAUAGCGGUAAAUAUCCGUACACGUGUUUCGUUUGUAACAAGGCCUACUCGAUGAAGCGUUAUCUGAAAAGGCAUAUGGCCUGUCACACCGAUUUGCCUCGUCAUCGUUGCCCAAAAUGCGGUAACCGAUUCAACGUUAAAUCCGAUCUUGAAGCUCAUAUGACAAGUCACGUCUACACCGGUCCUGAAUUCGCAUGUAGCCAAUGUCCUCGAGUUUUCAAACACAAGGGUAACUACAAACGCCACUUGAUCGCUCAUCUAGAUCCCAAUGGUAUUCACUUGCCCAAGUUUCCGUGUGAUAUUUGUGGCAAACGUUUCUUGAACAAUCGCACCUUGCAGACUCACAUACGGGUUCAUACCGGUGAAAAGCCAUUCGAGUGUCAAAUAUGCAAAAAAACAUUCUCACAAAGGGGCAAUCUUUUUAAUCAUCAGAGAAUUCAUUCCAAUCCAAGGAGUUACACCUGUGAAGUUUGCGGCAAAAGAUUUAAUCAAAGAGCCACUCUGAGAGAUCACGGUCUCUUACACACCGGGGAAAAGCCUUACGUUUGCAAUGUUUGUGGCAUUGCUUUCACCUUCAGCGCGGCGCUUCGACGUCAUCUCUGGUCGCACGCAACCGACAAGCCAUUCGGCUGUGAAAUUUGCAACGCUCGGUUCGUCGGUAAAUACGAUAUCAAGAGACACAUGAAAAUUCAUACCGAUCGCCCGAAGGAUAGGCGAAAACGUCAUAACCAGCGGGAGCAGUCGAUCGAUCCUACUCGUUCUUCGGUACACCAACUUACGGAACGAUCAUCAUCCCUUACUACCCCUAACUGCUGCCGCCAAAUUCUCGAGGAAGAUACCAAAAUUUUUAUCGAUCAAGUCUUGCUACUGAACGAUGAUUCGACCCAAAUUCGCCAUAGAGAACGAGACGCUGAGAAAGAAAACGUCGAUGCUCUUCUCAAUCUCAUUGAAUAUGGAUGAAGAGAUGACGUGCGGACAUGGACCAACCUUUUCUCCUCUACCUGGUAUUUCAUACUUUCAACCCAAGAUCGAGACUCUCUCUUUCUCUCUUUUUCUCCUCACACCGCUACUCGCGCGACGAGUUUCAUUCUAUCGUUUUGUUUGAUGUACGAUAAAAAAUCCCUAUAAUUCCCCCAAGUAUCCUCGUAAUCUUAAUAAAAAUUCUUUAUUUAUAUCGA